CCUGUAGUCAGGGGGAGGGACCAAGAGAGAAAGGGAAACAGGAGGAGGUCUGAGGGGAAGGUUAGAGACGGGGUGCAGGUUUCCCUGCUCUUGCCCAACCUGUUGAUGCAGGGUGAAAACAAUCCUCUCUUCCUCAUCUGGUGCUCUUCCUGCUACCUCGGGCUGCCAGGGCUAUGGACACCUCGUCGGGGUAGAAGGUGCAUGGCUCCACACUGAGAACCACAAACGGAGGAAAUCAUUCUCGGGGGAAAAAAAUUCGGCCAGGCGUCAAAGCAAGACCUUGGGGGUUAAGAGGAGAAACCGGGGGGCCAUUGUUCACACUCACAUUGCCAGAGGAUAAAAGGGGAGAGAAAAAAACAAACCUGCCAUAUCAAAAGACGGUUGAAAGGAAGGACCGAACCCCCCCCCCCCCCCGCGUGGAUUACUAAUAUGAACAUGGCCAUUUCAUCCAUGAAGCACAAAUCCCCUUUCCCCCUCCUCCUCCUCCUCUUCUAUGUCCCGCUCACCUGCCUGUGCCAGUCGACAAACAGCAGCACAACCAGUCCCGCCGUCAACAACACAACCUCUACCCUGAUCUCCUCAAACGACACUUCCCUGAAGGGUGUGCCAGGCUGCGGCAACGGACUGCACCCCAUCUACAGGUACCUGUGCGACCGUCGGGCGGCAUGGGGGAUUGUACUGGAGACCUUGGCCUCUUCGGGCUUCCUGUUCAGCAUGGUUCUCCUGCUGGGCCUGCUGCUCUGGUCCCUUUGGAUCUGUAUCUCGUCCAAAACGCAUCGCAGCAACAUCGGAGGCACAGUGGCCUGCCUGUCCAUGUUCCUGUUGGCCACGGCCGGGAUCUUCGCCAUGACCUUCUCCUUCAUCAUCCGCCUCACCGCUCAGACCUGCCCCACCAGGAUCUUCCUCUUCAGCGUGCUCUUCUCCCUGGCCUUCUCCUGCCUGCUGGCUCGCUGCCUCGCCCUGCUGGGCUUCGCGGCCACCCGGGGCUGGGGAGAGCCGGCCGUGGCCCUGGGGCUCUUCGUCGUGCAGGUGAUCAUCUCCACAGAGUGGCUGAUCCUCGUGUUGGUCCGGGACAAGAAGGCCUGCGAGUACAGCCAGGAGGAGUUUGUCAUGCUGCAGAUCUACGUGCUGUGCCUGCUGGCUAUCAGCUUGAUCCUCGCCCUGCACUUCCUGUGCCGCUCCUGCUCCACAUACAGCUACAGCUACACAGGGCCCAUCAACCAGCAGGGGAAGGUGCAGGCCAUGGUGGUCUUCUUCACACUGCUGCUGUCCGCCUGCAUCUGGGUGGUGUGGAUCACUAUGCUCAUCAGAGGCAACUCUGAGUUGGGCCACCGGCCACAGUGGGACGACCCGGUGCUGAGCAUCGCGCUGGUGGCCAACGGCUGGGUGUUGCUGAUGGGGCACGGGUUGUCCCAGGUUUCCUUCCUGUGCAGGGGGGAGGCAAAGUCCAAGGACGUCCCGCUGAGCUUCGCCGGCUGGACCAGCCCCAGCGCUGACAUCCCGGGGCUGCAAAGUCCGAAGGAGGGAAAAGAAAACGGGAGCUUCGAGACUGAUAGUGGCAACAGGAGAGGCAGGAGAACGGAGCAAUCUCUGCGGUCGCCCUACGAGUCCGGAUUCUCCAUGACGGAAGUGGACACUGACAAGGAUUACACCAUCCCUCGCCCUCAGACCACCAACUACACGGAACCUUACGAUGACUAUUAUGGACGAGAUUAAAAUCAUGUUUUGUCAAACCGACACCAAAGCCAACGCAAAGAGGAAGCCCCGACCCCCGGCCCCCUGCACUUAUCUGUACUCAGAGUACUUGGCACAAGUUUGUUUAACGUUCCUGUGCACAUGUAAAUAUUUCUGCGUAGUGUUUUCAGAAAUGUUAUGGAUGUAAAAUCCUCCUCGUCAAAGAGGAAAGGGGAAAAAAGAAAGAAAGACUCGAAAGUAAGACUCAUCUGCAAUGGGUUUCAUCACUGCGCCUGGGUGGGUUGAGAUAUUGUAGCUCUCUCCUGGCAGGAAAUCCACAUCACAAAACUUAGUGAUGUGCACGCUGAGACGGCGUAUAAUAGCCCCGAGGUGAUGGGGGAGCUGCGAAACCGUCACUGCAAAGGUGCCAAGCUGCUGAGCGGAGCAGAGCGAUCUGUGAAGAGGUGGGAUGAGAGGAGACAGGACAAGGAGACCGCUCAGCUCUGAGCUCUGCUGCCAUCAGUGAUUUACAUCUUCACAUUCAAAGUUACAUCACGAUCGUUGUGCAGCAUCAAAAACAGCAAAUGUGGCACUUUUCAAUAACAUACUUUAGUUGUUUGUUUUUAAUACAGUUGUGUGACAAUUGUUGUCAAUAAAAGGUUCAUCUUUAAAAGCCUGGGUCC